CAUUAACCAAUCAGAUGACUGGUUGGACAGAAGCGCGGGAGCUGGAGAAGGAAGUUGCUAGCUCAGCUCAGUCAAUUGUUAUUUGCGUCCAAGUUUGGUCGCCAACGAUUUUAUUUUGUUUUGUCAAUAUGUUCUGCUACACCCUCUGUAAACAACCGUUACAAUCUGAUUAACAUUAGCUAUAUUCUGCUGUGUUGCAACGAACCAGAUGACGUCUAGCUAACGUUAUCAACAAAAGACCGCUAGCUAGCUUGCUUGGCUAGUUUGUGUGCUUUUGAUAACGGUAGACCGGUAUCAUAUACUCUUUUUAUUAGCGUCUUACGUUUAUCCAGGAGCGUCUUUGUAUGUCAGGUGAGGCGGGGUCUUCGGUCAAGUGAUGAUGUCCACGUAUGAUGAUUCUGCGAGUGUUCCAUUACUGGGAAAAGCAGACGACUUGCAUCAACAAGUCCUUGCCUCAUUCCCACUGUGUCAGCUGACAGAAGAAGACCUGACCCAGCAUCCUCUAUUCUGCAAGCUCCUGGCAACGCUGUCACAGCAUGUGGACCGCACUGGCCUUACUGUCACACUGAAGAGAGAGCUGGAGAAGGCUGAGAGGGAGCUGCAGACACAGAGGCUUAGCUGGCUGUGCUCAGAAAGCAUGUACAGGCUACUGCAGGAGAUGAUCCAGGAGCACUGUGUCAGAAAGCAUCACUCCACUGUGGCCCCAGAGGACGACACGUUCUAUGAAACUGUGGAGCAGUGUCUGGUGGUGGCCCAGUGUGUCAGGCAGCUGAACCCGAGUGCCACCGCCAGCCAGGACCAGCCCCCUGUUCUAGGACUGAGUGCCCAACAGGUGCUCGAGCUGAUGCCACAAGAGCAGGAUGUAUGGAAAAUGAAACAGAGACUGCCUAGAGAACUAGAAAAGCAUCUGAAGAAGAAAUGUUUCAGCGUCCUCUCCUACUAUCAGCCUGAAUGGGAGGAUGAGAGUGAAGGGCUGAAGAACAUGAAGCUGUCUCACUUGCCUGGUCUCCUGGAGAGAGAAAGGAAAAGAGCAGAGAGUCUGAAGGAGAAGAGCCGUGAGAGUGCCUCCCUACUGCAAAGGCAAACUCACUGCUACCUCUCUGAGCUGUUAGGGUGCAUCCAGAUUCUCCAGUCUCUGAUCCUGGACCACAGGCUGAAAGCCCAGAAAGAGCUGGACAGGAAAAAGAUUGAUUACUUUGAGGCCAAAUGUGAGAUCAUCAUGCAGAAGAUCAGAGCUGAGAUGUUGGAAAUUCAGCUAGAUACCUACACAGCAGACACAAUAUCUGCCCAUAAAAAAAUAAGGGAGAAGCUGGAAACGGAGCUGAAUGCCUCCCAGUUAGAGAAGCAGUCUGUGGAGUGCAAACUGUCAUCCUUUGAGAUAUUUGGCAAGGAAUUUGAGGCUCUAGCUGAGGAAUAUUCCAGACUGCGUCAGGAGAUUGACACCAAGAGUUGGGCUCUGAAGGAAUUCUCUCAGCACACGGACUAACUCGGAAUUGACAUCAGACAGUUCUGUUUCAGAAAAACAGUUAAGAGUCUUGUCCGGAUGUUUUCAAGAGAAUUCUCUUCACACUUUUGUUGACUAACUAUCUCCAUAGUGUAAAAUUAUGGUUUUGAUUGUUUUUUGUUAUAAAAUGUAUGAUUACCUGGUGUUGUCUUGAUUGUUGUUCAGUUUAAUAAUCCCACUCUGAUAUAGCAUAACAGUACAUUCAGAAUCCUACAUUUUCAUGUAAUUGUUGGCAUUUCCUGCCUAAGUUUGCCCACUUUGCUAAUGAAGUAAUCAUUAAAAUAAUUGGCAACAUCAAAUGGUUCUGUGAUGAAUAAACCAUUUCAUUUGAUGAAAUAUGGAGUUGAAUUUGUCUUUCUGCCCAUAAUUUAAAGUACUCAAAUGUUGAUCUUGGCUUCAUGAUACAGUUUCUUCUACUUUUUGUUGAGUUCGGUCACAUAAUUUCUCAAUUUGCAGUAAAUCAGCCAAUCAGAUGUGCAGACAGACUUAUUAGCCACUCCUUUUGCCCCAUCUUUCAACCAUACAAUUUUUCAAUUGCUCAUCAAUCCAUAGAACCUUAAUAGUUCUUGCAGGUGUAUGUUUAUCUAUAUUUGGAAGAAACAAUUUAAUAAAUUCAUCAAGUGCA